UGUUAGAUGUUUUAUUCAAUACAUUUUUUUAAUUUUUCGUAGGCAUUAUUUUGACGUUUUGUUAGGAGCCAUUGUGGCUAAUCGCUAAUCUAUUAUCGCGUCUGGAUGAAUGUUUACACAUACCAGCACAUACUAGAGUGUUUAUUCAACAUGUUGCACGUUAUUAUGUACAAAAAUAAUAUAAAUGAUAAAGAAAAGUAAUUGGGAAAAGUAUUUUUACGUAUCAUAUAUAAUAAUUGCUAAGAUAUAAUAAGUUUGACAGAGAAAAUACCAAAAAAAUAUUUCUUCAGACAAUUCAACGUGAUCAAUACAUCGUAUGUUAAUAAAAUUCCCAUAAAUAGAGCUUUAGAAUAAAUUUAAAAAAAUGGGAAUACCUGGAUUAACAACGUUCAUAUCCAAUCAUUCUGAGCAUUAUCUUAAAAAUUAUGCUCUACACGAUACAUAUUUGGUGAUUGAUGGCAAUAGUUUACUAUGUCAAUUAUACAAUUGGCAUGCAAGAUGUAACUGCGCCUUUGGUGGUGAUUAUGACAAGUAUGCGCAAUGUGUAGGAGAUUUUUUUAAUGAACUCUUCAUGUGCAAUGUCAUUCCGUUGGUCUUAAUCGAUGGCGGAUGCGAAGACAAGAAGUUAAAGACUAUCAUAUCCCGAAGCAACGAAAAAAUUGGAUUAGCAUCGCAUUACACACCAUCCUCUCAACAUAGAAGCAAAUUCUUUCCUUUACUUAUACAAGAAGUCUUCAAAGAUGUCAUGAAAGAGAGAGGCGUCAGAUACACGCAAUGUGUCUUUGAAGCAGAUAAUACCAUAGCUGCAAUAGCACGUAUUCUCAACUGUCCUGUGUUAAGUUAUGACUCUGACUUCUAUAUUUAUGGAUCAUUGUAUAUACCAUUCAGUACAUGGGGAAUCAAUGUAGUUCGUAAUCCGACUGGUCAGGGCUACAUGAAACUUUGCAAGAUUUAUUAUGUUGAAAAACUUUUUCGAGCUUACAAUGGAUUGAAUCAAUCUUUAUUGCCUCUUGCAGCAAUAUUAUUGGGAAAUGACUAUGUGAAACAGCAUACGUUUAAAAACUUUUUUUGUCAUUUGAAAUUACCACGAACAGGAAGAAAAAAGUUCAAUGAGCAACAACGACGUAUAGAUGCCACAUUUAAUUGGUUGCGAAGACGCAGCUUAAAUCAAGCUGUAAUAGGAAUAUUAAGUACAUUACAAAACGGGCAACGUAAACACAUAUUAAAUAUAAUAGAAAUCAUAAUAAAUAGUUAUAUCAAUGCUUCACUGAGCGUGUUACAUAUACUAGAUGUUCCUGCAGAGCAUUUUUCAAGAACAAGAAUACAAGAUGCAUCUAGAACGUAUAAGUUUGAAGGUGAUAUAUACAAUCUGACAUAUAUUGAAGAAAAAUCGAAUGAAGGUAAUAUAAGUGAUAACGACAACGAUACAGACGAAAAAGAAAUAACAUCCAUACUUGAAGAGAAAGAAGUGAUUUCUAAUGAAUCGCUAGUCAACAAUUUACCUCAGUGGUUUAUUGAUGAAUUUAAACUGGGCAAAUUUCCUUCUUAUUUCAUAGACUUAAUAAUUCGGAAAUUAUACGUUUGUUCCACGCAAAUUGAAGACAAUUUAUGUGUCUCAUCUGUCGUUGUAAGUUUAAAAAUUAUAAAUGUUAUUUAUGGAUUAUUGAUAUCGGCAAUUGAAGGAAGAAAAACCUGCAUGGAAUAUAUGACCAGAGAUGAGAAUAAGAAAAUAAAGCGCUAUCAGUUAGAGUAUAAUGACAAUAUAUUAGGUUGUACAUUACCAUCUUUGUUUAAUUUGAGAGAAUUACCAAUUGUUACCAGGAGAGGAAUAUUAAAUACCACUUUAGGAAUUACUGAUGAAAAUUGUAUGGGGAUUCCAUCAAAUUGGACGUUAUAUAUCGCCACCAUAAAAUAUUGGCUAGAUCAACAACAAGAAUCAUUUAAAUUUAAUUGUCAUAUAUAUUCCUUAUUACUCGUUAUGUUAUUUAAUAUAAUCGAUCGCAAAAUAGGCUCGUAUAGAAAUCUAAAUGAAUUUUCCCAUAGAUUUAAUAAAACUGUGGAAAAUAUUAAAUAUGAAAGAAAAAGAAGAAAUUAUCAGCCACAUUAUUCAAUCGAGACUACACUAGUAAAUGCAUUUCACGAAGUUAAUCCAGAUGACUGUUUGUUUGCAGUUCCGUUUUUUAUAUCUAAUUUCGAAAUUGAUCAAAAACUGUAUUCACAACCAAAACGAUUUAAUAUUACAAUUGUUCAUGGUUUUGCAGAAUUUCAGAAUUGUUUAAAGCACAGUAUGAACUUAAAUGCAUUAUUAGGAUAUCCAUAUGAACAAACCAAAGUUGCUAAGUUGUUUAAUGGUACAUUACUGUAUAAUCUAUGUAGCAAUUUUAAAAAACACGACGAUGUUGAAGUUUAUAUCAAUUUAAUUUUGCAAAAUUCUCCGAGUUUAUUGCAUCUGUUUAAUAUACUCUUAUUAAAAAUCAGACCUCUGUUUUACACAGCAUUGGAAAAAGAAGCCAGUAAAUGUAAAAAGUAAAAAACAAAAAGAUGCGAAAAAAAGGAAUCUCCUACACAGGAAGAUCAUGAGACAGAAGCUAUAAAGGCAUGUGAAAGUACCAGCCAAGAAACUUUUUAUGGUGUAAAUAAUUCUUUCUCUAUUCUUAGUGCGACACAAGAUUAAACUUUCUUUUGUAUAUGAUCAAGUUGUAUCUGUGAUAAUUAUAAAUAUCUAUAAAAUA